CAAAAACUCAACUUGUCCGAGGUGAGUGGAGGGACCACUACUAUUCAUUUCUUCCCGAAUCUUCAUUGGCCCAAAAAAUUGGCAUCCUCGUAGUAUGAUUUCCAAUUUUCUUCUCAGAACCAGUUUUGAUAAGCUGAUCUCUCCUCCACCAGAACUUCACCACUAUGUCGUGUUUGGCAUCUUGCUUUGCUUCUUUGACCUGCGGUCUUUGCACCUCGGUGGCGUCUGUGAUCAGCAGCCGCUCUGCUAGGCUCGGCUACUGUCUCAUCUUCGGAUUCUCCUUGGUUGUCUCUUGGCUUCUCCGUGAAUUCGCGGCUCCCCUCCUCAAGAAUUUCUCAUGGAUAAGCAAUUCACACAGUCACCAUGAUGAGUGGUAUCAAAUGCAAGCAGUGCUUCGCGUUAGCUUGGGGAACUUUUUGUUUUUUGGAGUUCUUUCUCUCAUUAUGAUUGGGGUGAAAGAUCAAAAUGAUAGGCGUGAUUCAGUGCAUCAUGGUGGAUGGGUUUUAAAGUUUGCUGUUUGGGUUGUGCUCCUUAUUCUCAUGUUUUUCCUCCCAAACGCCAUGAUUAAUUUUUACGCAAUCAUUUCAAAGUUUGGUGCUGGACUAUUUCUUGUAAUUCAAGUAAUACUUUUAUUGGAUGCCACACUCUCAUGGAAUGAUGCAUGGGUAGCCAAAGAUGAGCGGAAGUGGUAUAUCGCUUUACUAGUUGUAUCUGUUGCUUGCUACCUAGCAACAUAUGCCUUUUCAGGCAUACUAUUUAUUUGGUUCAAUCCUUCCGGGAAUGACUGUGGAUUGAAUGUAUUCUUCAUUGUUAUGACCAUGAUUCUUGCGUUUGUGUUUGCUGUCAUCGCCUUACACCCAAGGGUAAAUGGAAGCCUGUUGCCUGCCUCCGUGAUAUCUAUAUACUGUGCUUAUCUGUGCUACACGGGUCUUUCUAGUGAACCUAGAGAUUAUGUGUGCAAUGGCCUCCCCAACAAAUCAAAAGCAGUUACCAUUAGUACUCUUAUUCUUGGGAUGCUUACUACUGUUCUCUCAGUUCUGUAUUCUGCUCUUCGUGCUGGCUCUUCAACUGCUUUUCUCUCACCACCAUCUUCUCCCAAAACAGAUAAGAGACCACUUCUUCAAACUGAUGAAGAUGUGGAGUCAGGUGGUAAAGGUAAAAGAGAAGUGGAAGCACGGCCAGUGAGUUACUCAUAUUCAUUCUUCCAUCUCAUAUUCACACUGGCCAGCAUGUAUUCCGCCAUGCUUCUGUCCGGGUGGACAAGCAGUUCAGAGAGCUCUCAACUUAUAGACGUGGGUUGGACCUCGGUUUGGGUUCGUAUAUGCACCCAGUGGGUCACUGCUGCUCUAUACAUUUGGUCACUCACCGCUCCUCUCAUCUUCCCUGAUCGUGAAUUCUACUGAUUCUGGUUCAGUUCAUGUGUUAGAUGGAUUCACAGUAUAGACUAUCAGUCCAUCUCUCCUGUUAAUAUGUGUGGAUGUUCAUAAUGAUUUUUCUGGGACAAAUUUAGUAGCUAAACAGGGUGGUCUUUCACUGCGUUUUAUCAUUUCUGUAGUUUGUGGGGGAAACUGCUCAUAUCAAAUAUCUCGAGUUUGUGACAGAUGAUAUAUGCGUAACUUGUAAUAAGUGGUUGCUUGACAAAUGAUCUCAUGAUCUGAUUCGUAGCAGUUUAUCAGGAUUUCAGUAAAAAGCUGGGGAGAUUUACCUGGACCAAACAUGAUUUUUUCCCCAAAUAGGACCAUCUUGUUUAAACAUCCUUAAAUAGGACUUUUUAUUAGUGAUUGGACCAAAUUACCCCUCACAUCCUUUAUCACUGCUGCCCAGGGACUGCCGGACCGCUGCCUGCCGUCGGACCUCCGGCCACUGCUGCCUGCGCCCUAUAUGUGGAUAGUGGAUACCCCGCUGGAUUGAAAAAUAUAUUUUGUUUUUAUUUUAGUUGAUAUUACUUUUAUUCUGAUUUAAGUUUCUCAUUGAAAAAUGACAUGAUCAUCUAGACAGUAAUUAAACAAGAUAAUUCGAGUAUACUUUGAGAAAUAGUUUUAAUGUGUAUGUAACAUUAUUUUAAACAUUUAAUGACUAAUUUGUCCUCUAAUGGUG